AUGCGCGCGUUCAUCACCCUGGAGGGCGCCGGCGCCGACAAGACGAUCGUGCAGUGGGGCGACACCGCGGACACGCCCGCCGGGCCGAGGGGGCGCCCGCUCGGCACCUACGGCUCAGCCUCGUUCGCCGUGAACGCGCAGUACUUCAUCGCCAGGAACAUCACCUUCAAGAACACGGCGCCGGUGCCGAACGCGGGGGCGACGGGGAAGCAGGCGGUGGCGCUGCGGGUGUCGGCGGACAACGCGGCGUUCGUGGGGUGCCGGUUCCUGGGCGCGCAGGACACGCUCUACGACCAGUCCGGGCGCCACUACUACAAGGACUGCUACAUCGAGGGGUCCAUCGACUUCAUCUUCGGCAACGCGCUCUCCCUCUACGAGGGGUGCCACGUGCACGCGAUCGCGCGGGACUACGGGGCGCUGACGGCGCAGAACCGGCAGAGCAUGCUGGACGACACGGGGUUCUCGUUCGUCAGCUGCAGGGUGACGGGGUCGGGGGCGCUCUACCUGGGCCGGGCCUGGGGCACCUUCUCCCGCGUCGUCUUCGCCUACACCUACAUGGACGACAUCAUCUACAAGUGCACGGGCCCCGGCGCCAGCUACUCCGGCAGGGUGUCGUGGUCGCGGGAGCUCACCGACGAGGAGGCCAAGCCCUUCAUCUCCCUCAGCUUCAUCGACGGCACCGAGUGGAUCAGGAUCUGA